AUGGAAAAGUUCCUUCGGGAAUGGAGGCAGGACGCCCUAAACAAGGCCCAGUAUGAUUCUGCCAUCUUCAUUGGCGACAAACUUUUGGCCCUGACCAAUGACGAUAAAGAUGCCUUUUGGCUAGCUCAGGUGCACUUCGCAACCGGCAACUAUACUCGUGCUCAGACAUUCCUCGCCAAGCAAGAUCUCGUCGCCCGCAAUGUUUCCUGCCGAUAUCUGGCCGCACACUGUCUUAUCAAGCAGUCGAGGUUUGACGAGGCAUUGGCUAUACUUGGCGACCGAAACACGACCCAUUUAAUCUCCAAUGCGAGCAACAAACGGAAGGCGCAAAACACUGCUCCUUUGGGUAGGGCUAUAGGUGCUUAUGCUAAGGGCAGCUCCAGAGAUAGACAGGCUCGCGAUGAGGCCGCGGAAGAGGAGUCCACAAACAGGAAAUAUGAGGCCGCAAUGUGCUACCUCCGAGGCAUCUGCUACGCUAAGCAGAACGCCUUUGACCGAGCGAAGGAGUGCUACAAGGAUGCUGUACGCAUCGAUGUGCAGUGUUUUGAGGCGUUCCAACAGCUUAUGACCAACGCCCUUCUCUCUCCUGACGAGGAGUGGCAGUUCCUCGAAUCACUCGACUUCGACUCAAUCAACGUUUCUGGCGAUGUAUCUUCCUCCCAAGAGGCGGCAGAGUUCACCAAGAUGCUGUACACGACGCGUCUAUCCAAAUAUCGAGAACCAUCAGCGUUUACCGCCGCAUGCGAUACCCUAUCGACGCACUACCACCUAUCUGACAAUUCCGAUCUUCUUCUCGCCAAGGCGGAUCUUCUCUAUACACAGUGUCGAUAUCGCGAUGCUCUCACCAUCACGGACUCCGUUCUUCAAAACGACAAAUACAAUUUCAGCGUUCACCCCCUACAUCUCGCCUGCUUAUACCAACUCAAGAUGAAGAAUGCGCUAUUCCUAAUUUCCCACGAUCUCGCGGAUACUCAUCCGGAAGAACCAUGCUCGUGGUUGGCUGUGGGUAUAUACUACUUUGCCAUUGACAAGAUCGCGGAGGCUCGGCGAUACUUUAGCAAAGCUAGCAUGAUGGAUGCACACUUUGGGCCUGCAUGGAUCGGGUUCGCACACACAUUCGCCGCUGAGGGAGAGCACGACCAGGCUAUCUCGGCCUACUCAACAGCAGCAAGACUGUUCAUGGGUACCCACCUCCCGCAAGUCUUCCUUGGCAUGCAGAACCACGCUCUCAACAACAUGACACUUGCGGAAGAGUUCCUGAAGACUGCGUAUGGAUUAUGCAAGACAGAUCCGCUCCUUCUCAAUGAAAUGGGAAUUGUUAAAUAUCACCAGGACAAGCCGCAAGAGGCUGUCCAGUUCUUUAGAGCGGCGCUAAAGAUCGCCGCCGAAAUCGACUCAGACCCUCAGGCCUGGUUGUCACCGAGGACGAACCUAGCCCAUGCGUACCGUCGCCUGAGGUUGUGGAAGGAAGCACAUGUAGAGUUCGACGAGGUCUUACGCCAGGGAGGCAAAGACCCUGCGAUUUUCUGCGCGAAGGGUCUCAUAUAUCUCGAAGAAGGCCGUCCGGAAAAGGCCAUAAUCCCACUGCAUGAAGCGCUAGCCAUUAACCCGCAGGAUGGUAUCGCUACGGAAUUACUUAACAAGGCCUUGGAAGAAACGUCUGUCAUCGACGUAGCGGAUGGGGAUGACCUAGAUGCCUUCGAAAGUGAGCUAGAUGUGGGGAAAGCAGCUGCCAAACAGCGCAUAGCACAAAAAUCGAGUAGUCGACGAGAUGCGAAAGGAAAAGCAAAAGUCAGCAGAGCAAGGGCAAUGCUGAUGGAGGACGAAGACGAAAAGGGUGAGAGCAUGAUGGAGAUGACUGAUGACGAUUAA